GACGCAUGAAGUCAGAAACACGUUUGUGUGGGAAACUUUUAGAUGCGAUUUGAUCAGUUUCGCAAGACUUUUCAAGUCUCUGAACCUUAUCGAUUCUCGCCGUGAGUUUUCUCUCUCUAGUCUAGAUUGACUCACUUCGUCAUCGAAUCAGAUCCUUACGACAAUGGCGCCGAAAUUCGACACGGAGAAGAUGCAGCAACGCCAGAACUUCCGCAACGUCUGGCACACGGAUCUCACGCACAGCAUCCAGGGCGAUACUCCCUAUUGCUGCUUCGCGUUGUGGUGUGCCCCUUGUGCAUCAUACUUGCUCCGCAAGCGUGCGCUUUACAAUGACAUGUCAAGGUACACAUGUUGCGCCGGAUACAUGCCUUGUAGCGGCAGGUGUGGAGAAACCAAAUGUCCUCAGUUUUGUCUUGCCACUGAGGUCUUUUGCUGCUUUGGAACCUCUGUGGCCUCGACUCGUUUUCUUCUGCAAGAUGAGUUCCAAAUUCAGACGACACAAUGUGACAACUGCAUCAUUGGUUUUAUGGUUUGCCUCAGCCAAGUGGCUUGCAUAUUCUCCAUAGUUGCAUGUAUUGUCGGGAUUGAUGAGCUUUCAGAAGCUUCUCAGUUGCUCUCUUGUUUGGCAGACAUGGUGUACUGCACGGUUUGCGCGUGUAUGCAGACACAACACAAAGUGGAAAUGGACAAGAGAGACGGUAAGUUUGGUCCACAACCAAUGGCAGUGCCUCCACCUCAGCACAUGUCACGGUUUGAUCAAGCCACUCCACCCGCAAUCGGUUAUCCUCCACAAGGUUAUUCACAAAACCCUCCACAGGGUUAUCCACCUUCUGGCUAUCCACAAGGUUACCCACAACACCCUCCUGGUGCUUAUCCUCCUCCAGCUUAUUCUCAGUAUCCUCCUGGUGCUUAUCCUCCUCCAGCUUACCCAAAGUAAUCAAUCACUCCUUGCCUGGUCUUCUCUUCCGACUUGGAAGAUUUUAUGCUGUGUGUAUUUCUCAAGACUCAAAUGUUGAACGUUCACCGAUUGUUUUGAGGUCAUUGUUUGUAUAAGAUUUGUCCUCAAAUGUUGUUGUUAUCUGAGACGUCCCUCUUGGACCGAGAUAUUUGAUGAACUUUUCCAUCCUUUUGAAAUAUGUUUUGCGAAAGUAUAGAGUCCAA